AUGGCGGAAAUAAAGAAAGAAAUUCUCGUACCAAAUUCGCCGGAUUCCAACCCGGAAGGAAAACCUUCGUCGACGUUCCCAUCGUCUGUGAUCGAUCUUUCCAGUAGUGACUCCGACUGUGAGGAUUUUUUUUCUGGUCCGGAUGAUGAUGGCGUGGCGGGAGAUAGUAGUCACAAGCGGCCGAAGAAGAAAACGAAACUCGAUAAGAAUGUGGCUCUGCCUUUAGGGUUUCUUGAACCAUUGCCGUUGGUAGUGGGGCCGGAAUCGUCUCCGGCGACUGGUCCAGCACCGCUGGCCAUGCAGGUGCCUACAGAGGUGGCCCUUGCUUUGCCGGCUCCGGGCGGGGGUAUGAUGGUGAAGGGGGAGUACAACAGCAAGCAAUUUUGGAAGGCGGGUGAUUACGAUGGCGCUCCAACCGGCGAUUGGCAAACUUAUGCCGGUGGCAUGGAUCAUGUUCGAGUUCAUCCAAGAUUUCUACAUUCAAAUGCUACAAGUCAUAAAUGGGUUCUUGGAGCUUUCGCGGAACUUUUGGACAAUGCACUUGAUGAAGUGCGGAAUGGUGCAACAUACGUUAAUGUAGAUAUGAUUAAAAACAAGAAAGAUGGGAACAGAAUGCUGCUGAUCGAAGAUAAUGGUGGAGGGAUGGAUCCUGAUAAAAUGCGCCAAUGCAUGUCUCUUGGGUAUUCUGCCAAGAGCAAAAUAGCUGAUACUAUUGGACAAUAUGGAAAUGGUUUUAAGACUAGCACAAUGAGGCUUGGAGCUGAUGUUAUUGUUUUCUCUCGCUCUUAUGACAGAGCUGGAAACAGGUCCACACAGAGCAUUGGAUUAUUAUCCUUCACAUUUUUGAGAGACACCGGAAAGGAAGACAUUGUAGUUCCAAUGUUGGAUUACGAAAGAGACGGACAAGACUGGAAGAAGAUUAUAAGAUCUUCGGCUACUGAUUGGAAUACAAAUGUUGACACAAUAGUGCAAUGGUCUCCCUUUUCAAGUGAAGCAGAUCUUCUUGAUCAGUUCAACCAGAUAAAAGAUCAUGGCACUCGAAUCUUCAUAUACAAUUUGUGGGAGGAUGACCAAGGGCUUUUGGAACUUGAUUUUGAUGUUGAUCCACAUGAUAUCCAAAUAAGAGGAGUCAACAGGGAUGAGAAACAUAUACAAAUGGCCCAACAGUAUCCUAAUUCCAGGCACUUUCUGACUUAUCGGCAUUCGUUACGGAGUUAUGCAUCGAUACUCUAUCUUCGAGUUCCACCUAGCUUCCGGAUCAUUUUGCGGGGUAAAGAUGUCGAGCACCACAACAUAGUAAAUGACAUGAUGAUGUCCCAGGAAGUCACUUAUCGCCCGCAGUCUGGGACAGAUGGUGUCCCUAGAGAUUCUACUAUGAUGGCUGUUGUAACUGUUGGUUUUGUGAAAGAUGCGAAGGCUCAUAUUGAUGUUCAAGGAUUUAAUGUUUAUCACAAAAACCGACUUAUUAAGCCAUUUUGGAGAGUUUGGCAUCCUCCUGGAAGUGAUGGCCGUGGAGUCAUAGGUGUUUUGGAAGCAAAUUUUGUUGAACCAGCACAUGAUAAGCAAGGGUUUGAGCGGACAACGGUUCUUUCAAGACUGGAGGCAAAAUUAAUACAAAUGCAGAAGAAUUACUGGAAUACUUACUGUCACAAAAUUGGCUAUAAUCCACGGCGCAGUAAAAAGCUAGCGGAGAGAGAAGGUUCUCCAGAGAGCCUUAAUGGGGAACAUAUAGAGUCGAAUGGCAAGGCACCCCGUAAAGAAAAUAGAUCUUCUGCAAGCGCAAAGUCGGGACUGAAGAAGCAGGAUGAGCAUUUGGAAAAUCAGAAUAGCAGAAGCAGGAGAUCUGGAAGGAGAAAUGUCUAUGCAGAAGAAUCAUCACCUUCUGCUGAGUAUGUCAGUGAUCAUGAUGGUCCUUAUUCUACUGACCCUAAUGCUGAUGAGGGGCCUUCUGCUGAUAAGUCAUUACCCUCAAAAAGGUCACAUGGGAAAGAUAGCGCUUCAAUUCCCAGUUCAUUUAAACAUACGCCGUCUCGGGGAACAAGGAAAAAUGCAUAUGAAGGUAGAACGCCUGGAAGCACAACCAAUGUGGAGGAGGAUGAUAUUGGGCAUGAUUAUUCACAGUCCUUGCAGCGUUUGGAAGAAGAGAAUCGUGUUUUAAAAGAAAAAUUGAGAAGGAAAGAGGAAGAGUUUUUGGGUGAUCUGUUGAAAGAUUUAGACAAGGAAAGAAGUAAAUGCAAGUCAAUGGAGACUGAGUUGCAGGAAGCAAGGGAAAAAAUUCAAGAACUCAGCAAGGAACAAGACAGUUUGAUAGAUUUAUUCUCAGAAGAGAGACAGCGGCAUGAAACAGAAGAAGAAACUUUGAGGAAGAAGUUGAAGGACGCAUCGAAUACCAUUCAAGAGUUGGUUGAGAAGGUAAGACGCCUGGAGAAAUUGAAGUCCCCUUCCAGUGGCAGAGCAAAGUAG